CUCAAGAGAGCAAGAUGUUCUCGUAUUGCUUCCCCACUUCGAGAGGUUGCUGCUUCAGGAAUGGAGGGAGUGAGAGCCUCUUCCGACGAUGCCGAAGAAGGCUCAUCCCUCACCCCAGAAACCUGUGGCCCUUUGUAAGAAGGCGCACCCAAGUACCACAGGGCAGCCCAGGGCAGGCCCUAGUAGGCCAGGCCACACCACAGAUCCCAUCGGGGCUGCAUCUGCUCACUGUCGUUGUCCGGGAGGAGAUUCGGGAGCCCAUGGAGGUACAGACAUAUGCUCCUGGUCCACACGCAGAAAUGAGAGCACUGCCAGCACCAGCUGUGGAGCCAGAGCCAGCAUGGGAAGAGCACCCUCCAGAGAGAGCGCUGGAGCUAGAGGGAGCUUCAGCCAAGGACCAGACCAACGAGGAUCUGCCUGAAACCAUGGCACCUACUGUAGCCACUUGCCUUAGCCCUGGAGCUGAAAGUGUGGCUGGAGACCGAAGUGGGAGGGAGGAGGUGACCAGCACGGCCCCAGCCAGCAGCUCCCAUGCUGCUCCUAGUCCCGAGCACAGUGGCAAACAUGCAGGCAGAGAGCAGCGCAUUCAGCCUGGGCUCCUGUACGUCGCUGGAGAGAGGCUUCUCUCAUUCAUUAUAGCGGCAGCCCUGCUGCAGGUCCCGUAUAUUGUGAUAAUGCUGGUGGGGUCUAUGUGUGUGCAGGUGUGCAAGAGCAUUAAAAGAAGGUUGGGAAGAAGAGUUCCAGCAGCUCCUCCUGCUCUCAGACGCAAUCUCCUUCUCCAGGCAUGGAUGUGUGUCUGCAACUGGGCAUCCAGGCUGUUUGCCCCUAAUGUGCUGCCCCAAACGGGCUCUUAACAGGUAGGCAGGGGGUGAGCGGACCAGGAGGUGGCUCCAAAGGGUACAGCAAGCAAAGUUUUAAAAGACAGCCCUUGCGCCCCAGGCUCUCCAUGCCGCCACCUGCCUUAGCAUUUAUUAAUAGUGUUAGAAUUACAAGUUUAUGAAAUGAAAUAUAAAUAAAGUUUGAUUUCUGAAACUUC